AUGCGCCUCGAUCCGACCGAUGUGCGCUACAUCACCGCAGACAGUUUUCGCGUGUUGACUGCGGUAGAGAUGGGAUCAAAGAACCAUGAGGUUGUACCGUCCAGUUUAAUUGCGCAGAUCUCUGCUCUGAGGCACGCCGGAAUCAAUAAGCUGGUUUCGGAUCUUGCAAAGCGAAAACUUGUGUCGCGCGUACAGAACAAUGCAUAUGAUGGCGUCCGGCUUACAUACGGUGGAUACGACUACCUUGCCGUACGUGCGUUGAGCAAGCGCAAAUCUAUCUACAGUGUGGGCCACCGAAUCGGGGUGGGAAAAGAAAGCGACAUCAAUUUGGUUGCGAGCGAAGAUGGAGAGCAGCGCGUGCUCAAAAUUCAUCGACUGGGAAGGAUCAGCUUUCGUAAGGUAAAGGAAAAGCGUGAUUAUAUGGGAAAGCGCAGUAGCGCAAGCUGGAUGUACAUGAGCCGCCUUGCGGCGGAGCGCGAGUUCGAAUUUAUGCAAGCGCUGCACAAGUUCGGCUACCCAGUACCGACACCCAUCGAUCAAGCAAGGCACACGAUUGUGAUGAGUUUUGAGGAUGCGUAUCCCUUGCGUCAAAUCGUGGCGCUACCUGAGGACCAGGUGCACAAGCUGUACUCUGUGCUAAUGGCGCUCAUUGUGCGUCUUGCACAUGACGGACUUAUUCAUGGCGACUUUAAUGAGUUUAACUUGCUUGUGCGCGAGAUACACGAAGAAGACGAGGAUGAAGACGAGGAUGCGCAAAACACAGAGGUUGCGACAGAAGAAUUGUUGCAGAUUGAGUCGAAGGGUGUGGUUGUGGAAAAGGGGAAAGGUUUUGAGCGGCUUGUUGUGGCGCAGGAUUCGGAGGAGGAGGAAGAGGAGGAAGAGGACGAUGACGAGGAGUGUAUUGAAAUUGCAGACGGCGUACAGGUUGAGCCGAUUCUGAUUGAUUUUCCCCAAAUGGUCAGCAUUGACCACGCCAAUGCCGAGUAUUAUUUCACUCGCGACGUGGAUUGUAUUCGCCGAUUUUUCAAGACGCGAUUCCGCUACGAAUCAAGUGAAUACCCCACGUUUGCGCAGGUCAUGGCGGCCAUGCCACAUCAUAGAGACCGGAUCGAUCGCAUUACGAAGGCGAGUGGGUACGGGAGAUUGGUUCAAAAAGACCCGUUGGAUUCGCUUUUUGAACGCAUGCGCAUGGGCGAUGCUGCUAUUGAGGUUGCAGGGGACAGCAGUACAGACGCUGCGGAGGAGAGCGAUGCAUACGAGGAUGACGAGGAGAGCGAUGCACACGAGGACAAGAGUGCAGAUGUCAGCUUCAGCGACGAUCCAUCCGUCGAUGCUACACGCAAGCCACGCAAGCCAAAACUCGACGCCUCUGAAGUCGCUACGCGCGUUGCACACGCCCAAACAAGCUCGGCGCGUCGCACACAGAAACACCACGGCCGCAAAUCACAGGCCACCAAGACGGGCCGGCUGCAUGGCGGCGGCAAAGCGAAAUCAAACAAGUCUCGUGUUGUACAGGAUUCGCUCGUAUUCUAG